AUGAGGAUACUUCACUCAAUAACCCAAGAGUAUGAACUGAGAUUAUCUAACCGUUUUGAGAUUGAGAUUAUAUCUAAAUCUUUGAUCACACAACAGGCUGUCCCCAACAUGUUUUCCCUGAUCUUUGCCUGUACCUGCGGGGUGAUCCUGGGCAUUGGUUUCUGUGCCAACCUACUGGUGUUCUCUCUGUUCGCCAAGUACAACACCUUGAGGAAGAACUGUCUGGACAUCCUGCUGCUCAGCAUGGCUCUGGCAGACUUCCUCACCCUGCUGCUCAUCCCCUUCACCCUGCACUCCGCCAUCAGCUACUCGUGGCCGCUGGGGGACACCUCCUGCAAGGUGUACCAGUUCUUUCUGGCCUUCUCCCUGGCAGCCAGCACCUACAGUCUGUGUGCCGUGUCCAUGACACGUGCCAUGAUCAUCACCAACCCCUACCACCCUCCUACCAUGGACCUGGUAGUCCUGAUGUUCGUCUUGGUCUGGGCAUCAGCCUUCUUCAUCAGCGUGCCUCUGAGGAUCUUCGCCACCAAGGAGAGCCUGAGCCCCAGCUUGGGUAAUUUUACAUUCUGCCUGCCCACCAUACAGGAACACCACUAUCAGGUGGUCCUCAGCCAGUUCAUGCUCUACUACUUCGUCCCUAUGCUGGUGAUCGCCUUCAACUACGUCCGGUUGGCCUGCUUCCUCCACAAGAGCCCAGUCAUGUCUGUGGCCAGUGCCCGCAACACACGCCGAGCCUCUUUUAUGGUGUUCCUGGCGGCCGGGACCUUCUCCAUCUGCUGGCUUCCCGGGUACAUCCUGGAGCUGUGUGUGUUCCUUGGGCUCUACCGCCACGGCCAGUCCUGGGAGAUGUUCUACUUCAUCUGCACCGUGCUCCAGUACCUCCAUCCCUGUGUUAACCCUGUGCUCUAUGUGCUGCUGUCCAAGAGGUACCGCCACCGCAGGAGUGCCUGGUUGUUUAACUGCAACAGGAAUAGGGUGCAGCCGCAGGUUGUCAGCAUCACUACAGAGACUAUGUAGACACACUGGUCACGAGGGGAGCUGGCUUUGCUUUGAGAUGGUGAAAAGCCUAAUCUCGCCACCCAGGACGAAAUAUGGUGUGCGUAUUAUUGGAUGAUGUUGAUACAGUCUGAAUAUGAAUACAGCACAUUACAUUGCAGUGCAGUACAUUAGCUCACAUUCAUCGGUGAGGUUCCUGAUGCAGUCUUUUUGUGUUGGUGUUUUACCGAUCUGUUUAUUUUAGUUUGUACAGUUACCUUCCGCUUCUUCUUUUUGUGUUUCAUUCUUGCAGGAACCGAUUGACAUGUACUGUAUGUAGGGUAAAAAGCGAGUAAAAUGUUAUUGUUUUAAUGUUAAAAUUGUUUUAUUGUCUGUUGUCUGAUAUUCUGUACUUUGUCAUUUAGGACAUUAAAAAAAUGGAAUUGAAAUUCCAUUGUGUUCAAACAACCAGGGAUUAAAAAACAAACAUUAUUUCGAUUAAUGAAUUAAAACUUUUUCCCCCAAAAAAACAUUUAAAUGACUUAUGAUUGAUUUUCAGAUGUUUUUAUGCUGAAAUUACUUUUAGAACACAACGAGAUCUGGGA